AAAUAUUUUCAAUCAACAUGCAACGAUGCUGAUAUUUUUAUUUUGUAAUAUUUAUUCCUGCGUUCAAAUAAAUAACAACGAUAUUGAAACAUUGUAAAUAUAUGUACACGUUACUGGUAUCAUUAUUUAUCUAAAUAUAUCGUCAAGUAUCAUUUGAAAGAGGCAUAAAUAAUAAAGUUAUAUAUAGUGAGAACUCGUCUUUGUUAAAUAUCGGUAACCUGUAAUCAGUUAUUGCACAUGCAAACAAAAACAAAAAAAAAUGAAACUCGUAUGUGCGCAUUAAUUUUUACUUCAGAAAAGUGGAAAUGUUUUAUGAUUUAACCGUGAAAUACCAUAUAAAAAUAAAAUAAACGCAAUGAUAGUGUGAAAAGUGCUUUUUUUUUUAAACGAUACAAGCAUAACCUUAGAUUUUGGUAAAAAUAUGAAAUUAGUUGACACAAGAAUCUCACAAAUAUCGUGCUAAUAAAGUGUAUUUUACUUUAAGGAGAUUAUUCAAAUAAUGUAUUGUAAACGUUUUAAUGGAUAAACAUUAUUUUUAUUGUAAAAAAACAAUAAACGGAAAAAAGAUGUGCGACAAGUAUAUAAUUGGUUAUUCUAUAUCUGAAAAAAAGCGACAAAAAUUUAAUUGGAACGAUUUUUAUAGUGUUUGUGAAUCCGAAGGGUUCUUAUUAAAAAUGAUUGACAUAAACUCCGAUCUUGAACCUCAGGGACCAUUUCAUGUUUUUAUAUACAAGCUGACCGACAAACUAGCCAAUGCUGAAAAUGGUGAUCAAAAUGCCAAAGCAAUUAUUUCAAAAAUUCAGCGAUAUUUCUGUCAGCAUCCUAAAAUAGUACUUAUCGACCCAUUGGACAAUGUUAAAAUUUUAAUAAACCGUUAUAAAUCGUAUGAAAUCCUGCAAGAACAUGUACAGUUUAAUGAUGUAUUUACUCCAAGGUUUGUAGAAAUUAAAAGUAAAAGUAACGUUGAAAAUAUAUCGCUGUUGAAAAUGGCAGAUAUUAAGUUUCCAUUUCUUUGCAAACCGCUUAUUGCUCAGGGUUCCAGCGAUGCUCAUAAGAUGAUGGUGAUUUUCAAUGAACAGGGUUUGAACGAUUGUCAGCCACCUUGCGUGGCUCAAGAGUUUAUCAACCAUAAUGCGAUUGUUUACAAAAUAUAUAUAGUUGGUGAACAUUUUCAUGUAGUUGAAAGACCCAGUUUUAAAAAUUUUUACCAACAAGACUGUUCCGCAUUAAACACAAUAUUUUUUAACUCUCACGAUAUAUCAAAGAGUGGUUCUAGAUCUAAAUGGUCCAUUCUGGCGGAAGAAGACAUUCCAUUAACGGUAAAACCAAAAUACGAAACAUUGGACAAGAUUGUCAAGAAAGUAACAGAACUGUUUGGACUUCUUUUGGUUGGUGUCGAUGUUGUUAUUGAAAAUCAUACUGGAAAAUAUGCAAUAAUUGAUGUUAAUGUGUUCCCCGGUUAUGAUAGCUAUCCUAAUUUUUUUGAACAGUUAAUAAGCUGUAUCAAAAAAUUGUUGGUCAAACAAACAGAAUCGGAAGAAAAUACGAAAAGUUAUACGCUAAAAAAAUGUUUGAACGAUGAUCUAGAUUCUGGUUUCGAAAGUGAUGAGAAAAAGAAAUAUUCUGCAAAGACAAAUAACUAAUAUGAAUAACAAACAAAGUAAACGGAUGAAUUCUAUAUCAAACUGAUAUUCCAGUUAAUUAUAUUGUAACAAGUACAAAAGGGAAUAAUUUAAAAAAGAAGAAAAAAGGAAAGGAAGAAACGAUAGACUUUUUUUAUAAUGACGUCGUUUAUAUUUACUUCUAAAACCACCUUAAAUUGUUGUAGCAGAUCUGCGUUCUACAAUUAGAUGUAUUCAUUUCUCUUUUAUAUUUUCAGUUCAUUUUUUUCUACUUACAUACCUGUAAUAAAUAGAACCGUCUUUCUUUUGUUUUUUGUACUAUCUGCACUGAAUAUUUUUUUUAUUUUUUUUUUGUUUUUUUAAAUAAUAAAUUAGCCCACUGUGGUACGAAACGCAUGACUGCCAAAGAA